UUAGGACAUCUUAAAUACAAAAUUUACCUCCAAUGCACAACUCUUCAGCCAGCUUUCAACAUGUCUCGAAGAUAUGAUUCGCGAACAACUAUAUUUUCUCCAGAAGGGAGACUCUACCAGGUCGAGUAUGCCAUGGAGGCCAUUGGACAUGCUGGAACCUGUCUAGGUAUACUAGCUAAUGAUGGUGUAUUAUUGGCUGCUGAAAGACGCAAUACAAACAAACUUCUCGAUGAGGUGUCAUACUCGGAAAAAAUUUACAAACUUUACAAUGAUAUGGCAUGUAGUGUUGCUGGAAUCACUUCAGAUGCAAAUGUGUUAACAAAUGAACUUCGUCUUAUUGCACAAAGGUAUCACUUACAGUAUCAAGAACCUAUACCAUGUGAACAACUUGUUAGUUCAUUGUGUGAUUUAAAACAAGCAUACACUCAGUUUGGAGGUAAGCGACCAUUUGGAGUUUCUUUGUUAUACAUGGGAUGGGAUAAGCACUAUGGAUUCCAGCUGUACCAGAGUGACCCUAGUGGAAAUUAUGGAGGAUGGAAAGCAACAUGUAUUGGAAAUAACAGUGCUAAUGCUGUGUCCAUGCUGAAACAAGAGUAUAAGGAAGGAGAAAUGUCACUGAAAGAUGCCUUACUGUUAGCUAUAAAAACCCUCAGUAAAACAUUGGACAUGACAAAAAUUACAGCUGAUAAAGUUGAAAUAGCUACACUGACAAGGGAAAAUGGCAAGACAAAGAUGACGAUUCUUGGAGCUCCAGCUGUGGAGGAAAUCAUUAAAAAACAUGAAGAGAUUGAAGCUAAAGCAGAAGCAGAGAAAAAGAAGGAAAAGUCUUAAUUGACAUUCAGAAUAGAAGAAAGCUGUCAGUCUCCUCUAGUGUUGUCACCUCACUCUUGUGUGAACAAGAACAUUAGUGCUGUUGUACAUACUGUGAAGCAUCAUUUUAUCUGAUCUUUGUCAUUAAAUAUAUUAUAAUGAUAA